UCGGCACCCCACUUCCUGUUCCGGUGCGGUGUCCUUGUUGCUACGUUGGGGAGACGAGGAGGUGAACGGGGAAGCGGCCAAGAUGUUUCGAAACCUUUUGGCUCUUCGGCAAGUUUCCCAGAAAACCAUAAACACUGCCUCUUGCAGGCAGAUGGCAAACAAGGUUAAGGAGCAUCAGAAACUUUUCCAGGAAGAUAAUGGCCUUCCUGUGUACCUGAAAGGUGGAACAAAAGAUGCACUGCUGUAUCGAUUGACCAUGGCCAUUACUGUUGUUGGAACAGGCUAUGUCUUAUAUGAACUCUUCAUGGCAGCUAUGCCCAAGAAAAACAAUUGACUCCAGUUUAGAGGAUGCAUCUUACAGUAGCAUCUCUCCGUCCCAUUCCAUUCUUCAGGGACCUACUUUGUCCUUGUCAUAAAGGUCUGAUUAUGUGUUUGGGAUCAAUAUUUAUUGAGUUGAAAUGUUGUAUGCUACAAUCAGUAAAGUAGUGAUUUACAUUCCCAUCUGGUCUGAAAAGUAUACUGGAUAUGCUUAAAUCUAUUAAAGUUUACUUUCUGAAUUUAA